UAAAAUGUGAUCUUCAGAAUCUUCAUUCAUUUAAACCAUAUGAAAUCAAAAUUUUGAAUUUAUUUUUAUGGAUUACGAUAAUUAUAAUAACAUGACACUUAUAGGGGCGUUAGAUCAAGGAACCAGUAGCUCAAGAUUCCUCAUUUUUUCGACUGAUACCUGGGAGAUUGUGACCAUGCAUCAAACACCUAUGGAAUCCACCUAUCCCCAGGAAGGUUGGGUAGAACAAGACCCAAAGCAGAUAUUGUCGACGUCUUUACUGUGCAUCACAAGGGCAGUCGAAAAAUUGGUCGAUAUGGGUAGAGAUCCCAACGAUAUUAAAGCGAUCGGCAUUACGAAUCAAAGAGAGACAACCAUCUCGUGGGAUAAAAUCACAGGAGAACCACUCUACCCCGCAAUAGUAUGGCAGGACAACCGCACGUCGGAAUUACUGGAAGGCUUGAUGAAAGCCAACGGCGUAAAAGAUAAGGAUAAAGAAUGCCUCAAGGAUAAAUGUGGGUUACCCUUAUCGACUUAUUUCAGCGCCGGUAAAAUCAAAUGGCUCAUCACCAACGUACCCCAGGUCAGUGAAGCCGUCCAGGAUGAAAGAUGCCUAUUCGGAACGGUCGAUUCAUGGAUUAUUUGGAAUUUCAAUAGGAAUAACGGUGUAGGCAAGGGUGAUUUGCACAUAACCGAUGUCACUAACGCCAGCAGAACCAUGCUCAUGAAUAUAGCCACCUUGGAAUGGGAUGAAGAUCUUUGCAAAUUUUUCGGCAUUCCUAUGCACACGCUUCCCGAGAUAAGGAGUUCUUCGGAGAUUUAUAGCCGCAUCAGUUUAUCGCCUCAUCUCAAGGACGUUCCUAUAUCUGGCAUAUUAGGUGACCAGCAAGCCGCUUUAGUCGGUCAAAGAUGCCUCCUCCCGGGCUCUGUCAAGAAUACGUAUGGCACCGGGUGCUUCUUGCUUUACAAUACAGGCACCAAAUUGAUAUACUCGAAACACGGUCUUUUAACAACUGUAGCCUACAAACUCGGACCAGGGGGAGUAACUCAUUACGCUCUAGAGGGUUCUGUCGCUAUAGCCGGUGCUGCUAUAACUUGGCUCGUCAAAAGCUUGAACCUCAUGAAGGAUGAACACGAAACGGAAUCUUUAGCUAAAUCGGUGCCGAACACUAACGGGUGUUAUUUCGUUCCGGCAUUCUCGGGCCUUUACGCUCCUUAUUGGGACCCCAACGCUCGUGGAAUAAUAUGUGGGCUCUCUCAUGCUACGAAUAAGGGCCACAUCGUUAGAGCUACACUCGAGGCGAUAUCCUUCCAAACCAAAGAAAUUUUAGACGCUAUGAACAAAGACACUCUUAAUUCUCACGAUAUAAAAUCUCUUCACGUUGACGGGGGAAUGGCCACUAACAAAACGCUGAUGCAGAUACAGUCCGAUAUAGCUGGGAUAGAUAUAAUUAGACACGAAAUGUUAGAAAAUACUGCCUUGGGCGCCGCCAUGGCUGCAGCCAACGCCAAAGGAAUCGAUUUGUAUGACAUAGAAGGAGCUCAAGCUCAUUACUUUGAGUUCACCAAAUUCCAACCUAACAUAUCCUUGCCAGAACGCCAAGAGAAAUACACCAUGUGGAAAAAAGCUGUUAGAAGAUCCCUUUACUGGGAAGGCUUGCAAGAUAUAUACCAAGAUUAAAAUUAUCAGCUGAUCAAACAUUUAAAAUAAAAUACUCUAUAAUUUUUUUUAAAAAUCGUUUAUCCACCUUUUUAUUUUUGAAAUUUAAGGCCGCUUAAAGUAAUAUUUUCUUGCUCAAUAUUAAAUUAUCAAUUAGGACAUGCGCUUCAGCACAAAACUUAUUAAAAUAAAUGUGAUAAAAUUGACAACCGACAUUUAAUACAAAUUAUUUAUAACCUGUUUUUUAAGGUUCAUUUAUGAAAUUAUUUAGAGACGAAAUUUUAUUUUGUUUUUUAGAAAUGACCAAAAAAAAUUUUUUUUGAUUUUGAUAUCUAAGAAUUUUAAUUAAAUAACAUAAAUCAUGAUGCAAAAAAAGUAAUACUAUAUAUAAAAAUCAAUGCACAAUAAUAUUAUAUAAUACUUCAUUUUUAAAGGGAAAUAUAAAAUCAAAUUUUUAUUUUUAUAAUCCUUAUACAUGAUUUAUUAUAUCAAUAUGAGUGUACUACACAUUAUAUUACAGUUUUUGAGUAUUCACCAUUUUGUGAUAUAAAUGAUAUUUGUUGUUUU